GUGGAGUUUGGAUUUGGGAGCAAUUGUCAGGGGAAUUUGUGCUCUUUGGACUGCUCUCUUUCUCCAGCUGGCCUUAUUGAGAGUGAAGCCAAAGCAACCGAUAACCUCUUGUGCACACAGAGCUGCUGAAGUUUUUCUGAAAAGCCAUGACUGUCACCUACACGGCCCGUGUGGCCAAUGCCCGCUUUGGCGGCUUCUACAAGUUGCUGGUCCUUUGGCGUGGAAGCAUCUACAAGCUGCUCUACAAGGAGUUCCUGGUCUUCUCCGUCAUUUACAUGGGACUCAGCUUUACCUAUCGCUUUGUCUUAGAUGAGGAGCGGAAACGAACCUUCGAAAGAGUGGUUAUUUACUGUGACAACUACGCCAACCUCAUUCCUGUCUCCUUUGUUCUGGGUUUCUACGUCACGCUGGUGGUGAACCGCUGGUGGAGCCAGUAUACCAGCAUGCCUAUGCCAGAUCGCCUGAUGUGUGCCAUCUCUGGGAACGUGCACGGCUCUGAUGAGAAGGGCCGGCUUUACCGGCGCACGCUCAUGCGGUACUGCAGCCUUUCUGCAGUACUGAUCUUGCGUUCAGUCAGUACUGCAGUGUUCAAGCGCUUCCCCACAAUGGACCAUGUGGUGGAGGCAGGGUUCAUGACUCGAGAAGAACGCAAGAAAUUUGAAAAUUUUAAUACUUCUUAUAACAGAUACUGGAUUCCUUGUGUUUGGUUUACCAAUUUGGCUGCGCAAGCAUGCAAAGAAGGUCGCAUACGUGAUAACUGUGCUCUUAAGUUGCUCAUGGAGGAGCUGAAUGUCUUUCGUGGCAAGUGUAGCAUGCUGUAUCACUACGACUGGAUCAGUGUACCACUAGUUUACACUCAGGUGGUUACCAUUGCUGUGUACAGCUACUUUGUUUCUUGUCUCAUUGGACGGCAGUUUCUUGACCCAGGCCAGAACUAUAAGGGACAUGACUUGGAUCUGUGGGUCCCUGUUUUUACCCUGCUCCAGUUCUUCUUUUAUGUCGGAUGGCUCAAGGUGGCUGAGCAGCUCAUUAACCCUUUUGGGGAAGACGAUGACGACUUUGAAACCAAUCUACUGAUUGACAGGAAUUUCCAGGUCUCAAUGAUGGCUGUGGACGAGAUGUACGGGGACCUGCCUCGCCUGGAGAAGGAUCAAUAUUGGGAUGCUUCAAACCCUCGGGCCCCAUACACAGCAGCCACUGUUUUCCAGUUGCAACAGCCAUCUUUCCAGGGCUCCACUUUUGACAUGACCUUGCCCAAGGAAGACAUGCAGUUCCAACCUCUCGAAGACAUUGCAGAAGGCCUUGAACAUGGACGCAAUGUCCCAGCCCAUCUCUUGAACCGCCUGCUUUUCUCAGGCCCUGCCCCUGGAGGCUUUGGCCGCCGACUCUCUCUUCUGAGACGCAAGAACAGCUGUGUUUCGGAAACAUCCACUACCUACAGCUGCCUCUGUCAGGACACACACCCCACUGACUGCAAUUGUGGUUCUCCAGUGCAGCACUUCCCCAACAGCGUUCACUUCAGCUCUGAGGUGGAGGGAAACCUCAGCCACGAUGCCACUGGCUUAGGGGCUGAUACGAACACUGAGGCCCAGGCAGAUGGGCUGAGUGAUCCGCCUCACGAGGACAUUGCAACUCAUUCUCAAGAUGGUGUGUCUCUUGCAGACAUGUCUACUUCUGAAUCAGCCGAUGACAUGUCCCAGCCUCUCCUGGAACAUGGUUCUUCAGAUCCUUCCCCCCUUCAUAGCUCUAAGGAGACUACCAGCAAAGGUCUUCCACCAGCAGGCUACCCUCCCUGGCUACAGAGCCCCAUUGAAGAGGAAAAUGUGGCGUGAGGACUUCAACUUCUAUUGGUUGGAGUGGAGCUAUUACAAAGAGUUGUCUUCCCUAGUGAUACUCUUUGAUGCAGGGUCUGAAAUGGGUGGGCAGAAGAAAUCAGACUGGUGGAAUAGGUGCUGUUUGGGGAAAUUUGAAAACAAGACCUUGUAAGCACUGUCUUUACUACUACCAUUGGACAAAGGUCAUUUUUAAAAAUUAUCCUCCCACUGAACACCUGACUUUAAUGAAGUGUUGUUGUGUAUCUCACUCACCAAGGAAGGAGUGAGAUGAACAGCCAACUUGACUAAAAUACUAUUAUUCAAUUGUUUUUCUAAAGACACUAAAUGUGCACAGAGAAGUAGAAGUGAACACAAAACUGUUCUUGCAGAUGUCCUGCUCCAAAUCUACUAACAGCUAUUGGUGGUCAUUGUCUUUCAUUUCUUCAUCCUAUACUCUCAUUGAAUCAUGAGCAGGAGGAGAUAUUGGGGAAAAUUGAGAACCCUUUUCCUAAAACUCAUUCAUUUAAUUUUAUGAAAUGGUAUUUGAAAUACAAGGAUGAUUUUUGAGCAGUGUGCUACUCUCCAACCCUCUUAAGCUAUUAAAAGUGCUAAUUUUCCUUUUAAAUA